CUUCCGGCUGCCCCGGCGUCCGGCUGGUGCGAGUGAUCUCCGUGCUCGCAGCCGCCUCGUGUCUGCACCCCGCCAGGGCUGUAACGGACUAGACCCUCGAGCGGGAAGGGUCUCCUCCUCCACCCCGCCCAGGCGCAGACGCAGUGCCGAGUCUGCGGUGCCAGACAAAGAGUGCCGCCGGAGCCAUGGCGGCGAUGGAACCGAGCCUGACGGCCGCCGAAAGCCCGACGGCGCCGCCGCCGGAAAGAGCGGAAGGAGCCGGCCCACCUCAGGGUCGCUCUGCGUUCCUGGAGGCCUUGCCGCCCGCCCCCGAGCCCUCGGGCUCCGACGCCGCGGUCCCUGAAGCGAUUCCCAGGCCUCCGGCGGCGGCCUCCGCAGCGCAGGAGCCACCUCCUGGGCCCGCACCCCUGGGCCCCGCACCUCAGGCCGAAGCUGCGGCACGCCCCCCUCCGGUCCCCGGCGGCUCACGGCCUGGCCCCGAGACGUUCCGCCAGCGUUUCCGGCAGUUCCGCUCCCAGGACGCGGCGGGUCCCCGCGAGGCGUUCCGGCAGCUGCGGGAGCUCUCCCGCCAGUGGCUACGGCCCGACAUCCGCACCAAGGAGCAGAUCGUGGAGAUGCUGGUGCAGGAGCAGCUGCUCGCCAUCCUGCCCGAGGCGGCGCGGGCCCGGCGGCUCCGCCGCCGCUCUGACGUGCGCAUCACUGGGUGAGCGGCUCCCCGGACCGGGCGCUCUGGACUGGGCACGAUCGGGUCCGGGGCCUGAGCCUGGCAUCCCACCCCGUGUUAAUGAAAACAAGUUUUGGCAGCUCC